AGAACAACACAACAACCAGUUCUCAGACGUCCUCGUCUCCCCAGCAGUGAGGGUUCUCUCAGCUGUACCGCCCCGCCCCCUGCGGCUCCGGCUGUUGUUGCGAUCGUUGCCAGCUCGUCAGCUGAUGGGCCGUCUCACCUGUAGUGGCGGACUAACUCAAGACUGGCACUCCCGGCUGUGGUUUAAUGAUUUUUUUCUGCCCGUUCAUCUUACCUAUUCUUAACUAUCUUGUUUCAUUACAAGAGCCACUGAUUACUUUUAUACUGUCUGCGAGGGUGGAAGACCACUCAAAGAAAAAACGGCAGUUAAGUUAGUACACAAAAUAGUCCUUUGUUUACAUGCAGUGUCUUACUCGGCGGAGGGAGGCGGUGCAUUGCAACCCGACCAGCUGUUUCCCGCCUUGAAUCGGCUGUCCGAUCAGCUGCAGAGGAUCGCGAGUCUGUAGUGUGAGCGCGAGGUAUACACAGUAAGACAGCGCUAGCCGCUCUUUUAAGAUCAGGGAGGUCUUUACCGUUAUGGAAUACUUUAUGGUGCCCACGCAGAAGGUGCCUUCGCUGCAGCACUUCAGAAAAACAGAGAAGGAGGUGAUCGGUGGACUGUGCAGGUUCGUGCCUUGUGCUUUCCAUGCUUGUUCACUACAGCUUGUGUGUGGCUAUACAUGGCAACCGCCCCUUCGAUACUAUGUGUCUGUGCACCAAGUGACUGAAGUUCAGAUUGCGACUUGGGAGUACAGUGGUUCUUCACCAAAGCGGAGGAGAGCGGAAGAUAAGGAUGAGGGGAUUGGUUCUCCAGAUAUCUGGGAAGAUGAUAAAGUAGAAGAUAUACGAAGAGAGAUGAUAGAAUUGCGACAGCAGUUGGAUAAAGAACGUUCUGUCCGGAUGAUGUUGGAGGAGCAGGUACGGGUACGUACAUUGGAGGCCCACUUGUACCCCGAGAAGCUGAAGGUGAUUGCUCAGCAGGUACAUCAGCAGGAAGAACAGGUGCGAUUUCUACAGCAGCAGGACCAAUUGGAGCAAGAGCAGCAGCUUCAAACCCAGCUUUUACCAGCACACGUUGCACCAGCUCCCACUCAUCAUCCUACUGUGAUUGUACCAGCACCUCCCCUUCCUCCCCAUCACGUCAAUGUUGUCACCAUGGGUCCCACUUCUGUGAUUAAUACAAUCUCCACGUCCAGACAAAACCUAGACACCAUUGUACAGGCAAUUCAGCAUAUCGAAGGAACACAGGAGAAACAGCAAGAUGAUGAGCAAAGGUGUGCGGUCAUUGUGAAACCUAUAAGACCAUGGCCAGAACCUACUGACUCUGACACUGCCUCUGACACUGAGGGAGAAGAAAGUGAUGCAAUGGAGCAGGGAAAAGAGAAUCUCUUGGGAGAACAUGAUCUUCCCUGACACCACUGACAUGCUGCUGUAGAGCAGAUAAUAUGAUACAUUUCUUUUUAAAAGAAAAACUUUGGUCUCUUUUCAGACCAUCCCAGUACUGUUUCAAAAGUUGAAAAAAUGUUUGCAGCUAAACAAAAGAUGGGGUAUGCACUUCUACAGGACAGUAUCCAUUGUUCAGUCUGAUCCAAAAGCUGGCUUGUUUAUAUGGCACUGAAAAAGCAUAGUUUAACAUUCAUUACAAAAACUGGAGUUUGCUGCGUAGUGUCCAUUUGAAAUGGAUGGUUUGGCUUGCUUUGAUUGUUGCAGAUGAUGGUGGUAGUGAGUGGUGCAAUUUCUGAGUACCAUUUGAAGCAAGAGACUAAGAAAAUGAAUUGCUUUCUCUGCUAAGGAUGUUGAACAGUGCCCAUUUCCUUUGAAAUAUACAUGGAUGUAUCGCCUGCCUUUUCUGCAGGUAGGUGCCUCCGGUGCCCUCUGGGGCAGAAUGCUCAGAUUAGAGUCUCCUGCAAAACUUGAGAUCCAUUUUAGAGAGAGCAAGCAAGUGCAGGUGGACAAUGCCCUGAAGUAAUAUGGGUCUAUUUUAACUGGAUUGGUUGUUUUCUAAGCACUUAAAACGUUAAUGAAUGCAGUGCAGGAAACUCCCUUGCUGUGACAGUGUGUGGCCCCCAACAUGCCCUGUCCCCUCCCUUGGUGUAUUUGCUGUAGAUUUUAGUCCUUUUUGUAUAGUGUCUGUAUAACUGUAGCAGUAUCACCCUGCCCCAUCCCUGUAAGACAUUUUUAUCUUUUUUUAUUUUAUUUUUGUUAUGAGUGCUCGUGUCACGGAAAAGCUAUUAUAUUUUGUUAAGAAAGUGGGGAAAACUAAAAAAAGAGGCAUAUUCGCCCUUCACUGAAUAAAAUAAAGUUUAUACUUUGUUUUGUAUA